UCCCGCUUUUGAUUGGCUGUCUGUCUGGAGCGUUCUAAGGAGCGGGAGGGGGGAGAAUUUCCAUAGCAGGGCUGGGAUUGCUAAAGUGUAAGGCGGUUUGGAUUCGCCAUUUUGUUCGUGUGAACGCUACGUGGAGGUCGAGCCUGGCAAUGUCAGUGGCACGGCUUGGGAAAGUGGCUCCCAAAACAAGCAUCCUAUUCCUGUGUGACAUGCAAGAGAAAUUUCGUCCCAACAUCAGCUACUUCCCUCAGAUUGUGUCUGUGGCAGCUCGGAUGUUAAAGGUUGCCAAAGCACUAGAAAUCCGCACAGUGGUAACUGAACAAUAUCCGCAAGGCUUGGGCCCGACAGUGCCAGAGCUGGGUGCUGAAGACCUCCCGAAAUACCCCAAGACCUGCUUCAGCAUGUUCAUCCCAGAAGUGGAAAAAGAGAUGGCGGCUGUUCCUGAUCUGAAAUCUGUGCUUUUAUGUGGAAUUGAGACACAGGCUUGCAUCAUGAGCACAGCCCUGGAUCUCAUGGAGCGAGGCCUGGAUGUCCAUGUCGUGGCAGAUGCCUGCUCUUCUCGGAGUCAGGUGGACAGGAUCAUCGCACUGUCCCGGUUACGUCAAAGCGGGGCCUUCCUUACCACCAGUGAGGGACUUAUCCUCCAGCUUGUCAGGGAUGCUGCCCAUCCCUGUUUCCGAGAGAUCCAGAAGCUUAUUAAGGAACCUGCUCCAGACAGUGGGCUACUUCCCCUCCUAACAAGAUCAAACCCCCUUUUCAGCUAGCUCCAUUGCUGUUCAAUAAAGCAUCAUCCUUCUUCAUCAAAAUAUCUCCAGCCAAUACGUUUGAUUGCUGCUGCGCUUUGGAUAGAAGAAACAGAAUGAAGACCGGCCAUUUGAAUUUUUAAGCAAGACAACUAUAAGGUUGUAAGUGUGUAAAUCCACACUUUGAAGGCUUUUUAAGGUUAGUCAUUGGGGUGAAAGGAACACUUCUUUUGCAUGUAUUGAAAGCACUGGGUUCAAAAGUAGUAUUUCUCACUUUUCUGGGUGUGGAGAGACAUCUUGAAAAAGUAACUAUUAUGAAUUACAACUCCCAGGCCAUUCCAGAUUUUAGUGUUGUAGUAAAAAAAUGUAAUUUUUCCAAGCUGGUGGAGAGAAGGAAGGAUUUCUCGGCGGAAGAGGAGUCUUGUCCAAAAGAUAUCAUGACUAUACAUGUUUAUGCCCUCUCAUACCUACUUGUGCUAUGAUUAUGUUUUAAUUGCCAUGGCUUCAACCUAUGAAAUCCUGGGAUUUGUAGUUUGGAGCACUAGGCUCUGUCCCUCACUAAACAGAAUUCCAUAGGAUGCAACCUUGGCAGUUAAAGUGGAAUCAAAGCAUCAUAAGAAUAUACGUUGAAAGAGACUUUACUACGCAAUCUGUAUGAAAAGGUUUUUAAUUCUUGCAUUUAUUAAAAAAUAUGAUUCUGCAACUGGGAAAAUUCCAUCAUUUGUAAACAGAGCAAAAGAUGUUGAAAUAAACAUUUGCACAUACA